GCACGAUAACCUAUCCCUAUAUAUAUAUAUAUAUACCGUAAUCAGGAUGGACAAAACUGCAUAACAUAAUCGGAUCCCCUGUCAAAGGAAGAGUCCACAAACACUACUAGGUCCACUUCCCUUCCCUUCCCUGUCCCUUUUUUUUUUUGUGAAGGAACCCCCGUACUUUCUUCUUCCCCCAUAUAUAUAUACAAAGCGUCACAACGUUGGCGUCUUUUUGCGCGAGCGAACACUUUUCAAGUCUGAAACUUCCUCCACUCGAGUGGCUGCGUUUGCCAACACUUUUUCUUUUCUUUUUCUUUAAUUUUAAUCGCUCUUAUGGUAAUGGAUGCAAACCCUUCUUCUGGACCUUCUCCAUUCCUCGCCAAUCUUCCCUCUCGGGGCCUCUUCUCUUCCACCGUCAUCUCUUCCAAUCCGGGUGGAAUUCGGGUUUAUACAUGUGAUCAUGAUACCUCACCACCAGAGGGUCAAAAUAUUAAGACAAACCAACAGAACAUACUGAUUAGAUCACUCACCCUUAAGAAGCAAAGGGGUGAUUCAAGCUCAAAGGAUGGAUCUGAUGGUUCAAGGAAGAGGGCUGCCGAAAAGGUUCUGGACAGCAGAGCUUCAGCUAAGAGAACAAAUAAUCAAAUGAACUCUCGACAAGAGGGAUCAAACAGUCAAACAUCCAAUAGGGACUUCCACAGCUUGACUGUAGAGAGGCUUCGUGCUGUUCUGAAAUCUAAAGGUCUUUCAACCAAAGGAAAGAAGGAGGAGCUUAUUACGCGCCUUAAAGAUGCAAAUGUUUAAGUGUAGUAUGGAGGAGGAAUACUCUGCUCAUUAAGAAUCCAAUGUAAGAGUAGUUAGUGUUUCUUCUUAAUGUAACUUAGGAUCUGGCACUAAUAUAUAUAACUAGUGCAAGUUGCAGUUACAUUUGAAUAUUAUCGUUUUGGUACUAUUGUUUCACGAGUGUCAGCAUUAAGUAUGUUUUGUUUUAUGGUUCUAUUGUAUGUAGAGGUCAAUUGCAUGAUUAAUUUUCCCAAUGCUGGCUUUUUUAUGUCAUUUAAAAUGACAGAUAUUUUUCCCUUUUUAA